AUGGGCUCUGCAGCAGAUAGUGCCUCCUCUGGGUCUGACGUACUUUUUCACCGCCUGGAGAGUGUGCACCUUCGACCUAGGCCCGUAGAUGCCUACUCUGUUUUUGCUACUCUCUCCAUCGGGUGCAUCUCGAUGCUCUACCUUCGACUAUACUUCCUCCCUCGAGACCAGUCACGACCGCCCUUCAAUCCACCCGCAGCUAUACAGGCCAAUGAGGUGAUGUACGAAUGUCUCUCUCCCGCCGAGGCUGCGGCGGUACGUCUCGCCCAGCGCAAUUCCGCAUCCGAACCCGCAACGGAGGUCACUCCGAUGGUACCUGGUACUUCAGGGGAGGCGUUCUCAGCCCCGCUUGUCAAUAGAUGCUAUCGCGAUCAAUGUGCUGGCCGGUGGAAACCCCCUCGGACGAGGCACUGCUCCCUCUGUAGAACAUGCCGGAGCGGAUUCGACCACCACUGUGCCAUAUUCGCCAACUGCCUUACUGCGCCACAUAUCCCCUCGUUCCUCUCGCUCCUCCUCUGUACACCGCCGACUGUCGGGCUCCUCAUCUCGCCCAUGAUGUUGCCCUUGCUUCGGCGGACGAGGAAGGCAUGGGCCAUCGCAUGCGUGGACGAGGGAAUCCGGGUGAGGUGGUGGAAUUGGAAGCCUAGCUGGGUGAUUGCGGCCGGGCCGAUGGGACGAUGGGCAGGCGGACUGAUACUGGGUUGGAAAGCCCUGGAUAGGGUAGACGGUGGAGGGGCAUAUGGAGAGGUCAGGCUGAAGAUUGGGGUGUUGGUAUUCUUGGGCCUCCUCCUCUCCGCGGUUUGCCUGGCGCUAGCAUACGCGACGAUCCAAGUCAUCCUAGACGGCCACCUCACCGUCGACCGUGAACGCGCCCGGACUCAUUCUCGCGCUCGAGCUUCGGUCCUCGCUCUACAGCAACAAGGACGUCCCGUCCCGUCUGGUCUCAUGGAACAGAUGGAGCGCUAUGCGGAGCGGCGAUGGUUCUUCGUCCCUGUCACACAUGGUCCCAGUGACGGAGUGAUCGUACCGACGUUACCUAUAGACCGGGCCUACGAUCUGGGCAGGAAAAGGAACUGGGCGCUCAUUAUGGGGAAGGGGUGGGGCUGGGUUUUGCCCUGGAAUGCGGUGAGGCGGGGAAUGGACAUGCGGGCGGUGUGUCAGUGGCCGAUCGCGGGGGGCACAGAGAUAUGGCUGCGUUUAAACGCAGAGAGGACAAUCAUAAUCUCCGCCGCAGAAUGGGCUUCAGAGAGUGAAUGA